AUGGCGGCCCCGACGCCGAUCGAAAUCGCCAACCAGUUUGUGCACUUGUACUUUACGUACCUCAACCGCGAUGCCAUGCAACUGCACCGGUUCUACAAGCACAACUCGAGCUUCACCCAUGCUGAGGAGAGCCAAUCGUCAGAUCAGCAGACCUACGUCGGCGUAGAAGCGAUCAAGAACAAGAUCGAAUCGCUCAACUUUAACGAUCCCCGCGCCGUCGUGCUUCGCAUCGACGCCCACCAGACGGUCGGCGAUGGUGUGCUCGUGCUCGUUACCGGCACCCUGUUCAUUAACAGCCUCCCGCGUCGCUUUGCCCAGACUUUCCUGCUUGCUCCCCAGCAGAACGGCUUCUACCUGCACAACGACGUCUUCCGCUUCCUGAAGGAGGACGACGCUGUUGACGUGGUUGCUGCUGCUGCUGCCGCCCCUGCUCCCGUUGCCGCCCCCGCCCCUGCUCCCGUUGCCGCCCCUGUUGAGCACAAGGCUCCCGAGCCCGUUGCUGCUGCCCCUGCCCCCGUUGCUGCUGCCCCUGUUGCCGCUGCUCCUGCUGCCGCUGCCGCCCCUGCUCCUGUCGCCGCUGCCGCCCCCGCACCCGCACGCGUUGCCGAGCAGCCCAAGGCUGCUGCUGCUGCUGCCGCCGCCCCCGCCGAGCAAAAGCCCGCUCCCUCUGGCCAGCAACAACGCCGCCGCCCUGCUCCCGCUGCCGCUGGUGCCGCCACCACUGCUGCCGCCCCGGCUGCCGAGAAGCCCGCGCCCGUCAAGCCCACCUCGUACGCUGGCAUGGCUGCUCAGCCCGCUGCCAAGCCAAAGGCUGAGAAGCCCGCUGCUCCUGCCGCUGCCCCUGCUGCCGCUGCUGCUCCUGUUGCUGCUGCUGCCGCUGCUCCUGCCGCUGCUGCUCCUGUUGCCGCCGCCGCUACUGCUGCUGCCCCGGUUGCCGCUGCCGCCACUCCUGCCGCUGCCACCAACGGCACCGAGCGUCCUCCUCGCACCCAGGCCCCGCGCGCCGCCCCCGGCAGCUCCCUGUUUGUGAAGAGCGUCCCCGAGAACACCACCCAGGCUGAUUUGACUGCCGCUUUUGCCUCGGUCGCUGGCUUCAAGAGCGUCUCGGCCCCCAACGCCAAGGGCAACUUCUUUGUCGACUUUGACACCCCCGAGAACGCCACCGCUGCCCGCACCACUGGCGUCUCUGUCAAGAACGUUCCCCUUGCGCUCGAGGAGAAGCGCGAGCAGCGCCGCGACGCCCCCCGCGGUGAUGACCGUCGCCCCCGUGGUGAUGGUGCCCGCAACGGCCCCCGCGACAGCGCUCCCCGCGAAGGUGGCCGUGGUCGCUCCUUCCCCGGCUCCCGC